AUGGCGAGCGGAGGAACGGAGGAGCUUGAACGCCCCGCGUCAUUUAAAUCUCCUGUAUGGGACCAUUUUGGAUUUCCCGUCAAAUAUAAUGAUGAAGGAAAGAGGUUAGUGGAUAAAACCGAGACGGUGUGUAGGCACUGUGGCACAAGAAAGCCAUAUGACAGUGGAAACACGUCAAGCAUGGCCACGCAUUUGAAGCGACAUCACCCCGGUGUUUCACUGACAGGAGUGAAAACGAAGGCAGCUCAACAACCACUUAUUACCGCGGCAUUUAAGCAGCCCCUAGUUGCACAAUCAGACCGGGCUAAAGCCAUUACAAAUGCUAUCGGUGUGUUUAUAGCUGCAGACAUGAGGCCAUAUUCGGUUGUGCAAAACGAGGGCUUCAAACACAUGCUGAAAGUGCUUGAGCCACGUUACGACAUCCCAUCGCGCACCCACUUUAGCGAAAAGAUUGUGCCAGAUCUUUAUGAGCAGGAAAAGAAAAAAGUUGUGGAUGAACUAUCCCGAGCAUCCUCUGUUGCGCUCACGACAGACGGGUGGACGUCUAGGGGAACGGAGAGCUAUGUGACGAUAACCGCUCACUUCAUCACUGCAGACUGGCAGAUGAGAAGUCCGGUCUUGCAGACACGCCCACUCUACGAGAGUCACACGAGCACUCAUCUUGCGGAGGUUCUGAUACAAGCAGUGGAGGAAUGGAAGUUAAAGAGGCCCAGUAUUAAUAUCCCAGUCACAACUGAUAAUGCUAAAAAUCAAAUAAAUGCAGUGAAUGAGGCAGGACUAGGCCCACAGAUAGGGUGCUUUGCACAUGUAGUGAAUUUGGCAUCACAGAAGGGAAUCUCAGUCAAUAGGAUGGACCGCCUCCUUGGGAGGAUUAGGAAGGUGGUUUCCUACUUCCACCGAAGCACAACAGCUGCUCAUGUGCUUAAGACGAAGCAAGAAAUGCUAAAGCUGCCUAUUCAUAAGCUCAUACAUGAUGUCCCAACAAGGUGGAACUCCACUUAUGAUAUGUUGGAGCGUUAUCUGGAGCAGCAGGCAGCUAUUUACUCUGCAUUGACCGAGAAGACCCUGAAAAAAAAUGUCAAAGACAUCACCCUGUCUGAUGAUGAUAUGAGAGUGGCAGAGGAAGUCAUCCAGGUGCUUAAACCCCUCAAAACCGUUACAUCUCUGCUGAGCAUUGAAACUUCACCAUCUGUGUCAAUGAUCCUGCCGCUGAAAACAAAAAUUCUACAAUCAAUGGCCCCAAGUGUGGAAGACAGCACCAUUACUCAAGAUGUCAAGGCUGCCAUUAGAGAGGACCUGAAGCCCAGAUACACUUCACCCCCUUCUCUGCAGGACUACCUUAAUAGAUCUACUGCCCUGGAUCCAAGGUUCAAGUCCCUGUCUCACAUGGACCCUGCCCUAUGCCAGAGGACAUACAGUGACCUCACCACUGAGAUUGUGAGCAGUCUGGGCACUGAAGACUGUGAUGAGGGUCAAGCUGCAGAGCCAACAGGAGCAAACUUGGAUACAUCUCCUCCACAAAAGAAGUCGGCAAUGGCUGAGCUUUUUGGUGAGACCUUUGCCAGCAAAGACAUGGACAGCAAGACUCCUGCUGACAUCAUCAAAGAGGAGGUGGCAUCUUACCUGGCAGCAAGCAGCAUUACAGUAGAUGAUGAUCCACUGACAUGGUGGAAAAGCAAUGAGUGUAAAUACCCUCAUAUUGCCAAGAUGGCAAGAUGCUAUCUCGCUGUGCCAGGCUCUUCAGUUCCUUCUGAGAGAGUGUUCUCAACAGCAGGGGACAUAGUGACCGCAAAGAGGUCCACACUCUCCCCAGAAAAUGUAGACAUCCUUGUCUUUUUGAAAAAGAAUUUGAAAUUAUAAGCUUAGAUAUGCUUUGCUUUCUUUCUUUUAUUCUUUGAUAAUGUGGACAGGAUUUUUUCAUUA